AUGCUCCUCCACAUCGGCAAGGUCCCCACCCUCGUUGUCUCCUCCGUGGAGGCGGCGCGGGAGGUGCUCAAGAUCCAGGACCUCACCUUCGCCACCAGGCCCUUCUCCGCCGCGGGGGCCACCCUCACUAACGGCUGCCGCAACGUGUCCUUCGCCCCUGACGGCGAGCACUGGCGGCAGGGCAAGAAGGCCGCCGUCGUCCACCUCCUCAGCCCCAACAAGGUCCAGUCCCUCCGCCGGACGCGGGAGGAGGAAGCCGCCUUCAUGAUCCAGAAGAUCUCGUCGUCCCCUUCUCCGGCGACGGUGGACCUGAGCGGGUUACUUUACGCCUUCUCCGACGGCCUCGCCUGCAGAGUCGUCGCGGGGAGCUGCGCGGCGAGGGAGGUGAGGACCCAGAGAUUCCGGGAGGCGAUCAACGGGGCCACGGCGAUCCUCAGUGGACCGAGAUUGGAGGAGCUCUUCCCGAGCUUGGCGUGAGUGACGAAGCUUCCCGGAGCAGACUCGAGGUUGAAGAAGCUGGCGAAGAAGUGGAAUGCCCUCCUCGACGAGAUCGUGGCGGAGCACGAGAGGUGGGCGGGAAAGAGAGAGGAGGCGUAGGAGGUUGACUUCAUCGACCUCCUCCUUUCCGCAGACCCCGCCGUCGACUAUGCCUUCUCUAGAGAUGACGUCAAGGUCAUCUUCAUGGUGAGCAGCUGCCAUGGAUUAUGCUCUCUCUGUUGUGAUGUGGGUUUUAAGUCAUCUUCUCUAUCGUCGUCAUUCCUUCCAGGACAUCAUCGCGGCCGGAACGGACACCUCGUACGUGGUCCUGGAGUGGGCGAUGGCGGAGUGGAUGAAGAAUCCAGCGCUGAUGGAAAGGACCCAGAGGGAGGUGAGGGAGGCUGCCGGCGGCAAGCCGGCCCCCACGGAGGACGACGUCGCCGGUAUGUCCCACCUGCGGGCGGUGGUGAAGGAGGUCCUCCGGCUUCACAUGCCGGCGCCGCUUCUCAUCCCGCGAGAGGCCAUGGCGGCCACCCGCGUGCUGGGCUACGACGUCCCGGCAGGGACGAGAGUCUUUAUCAACGCCUAGGCCAUGGCAACGGAUCCGGAUUGGUGGGAGGUGCCGGAGGAGUUCCGGCCAGAGAGGUUCCUCCGGGAGGAGCCGCCGCCGCCGGCGGACUUCCGGGGGAGCGACUUCCAGUUCCUGCCGUUCGGGGCGGGGAGGAGGAUGUGCCCGGGGAUGAACUUCGCUAUCUGCGAGGUGGAGCUGGCCCUCGCCGGUCUCCUCUACCACUUCGACUGGUCUCUACCCGCUGGAAUGGUUCCGGAGGACCUCGACAUGGCCGAGUCCUCAGGAAUCACCGUCCGCCUGAAGACGCCCCUCCGCCUUGUUGCCGUUCCCCGCUCUCCGAACUCCGGUAUGCUCACUUGA